AUGCUCAGUGAGACAGGCAAGCGAUUUAUGGCUGACCUUCGCGUCACUGAUCCUCGCCAUGACAAGAAGUGCAUCCAGGAUAUUCGAGGAGGCUUGAUUCAGGAAUCCUACGUCUGGGGGCUUGAGAAUCCAGACUUCUGUCGAUGGCGUGACGACGAAACCAGCAAGCUACUAUGGGUCAACGGAGACACAGGCAAAGGCAAGACUAUGCUACUAUGCGGCAUCAUCGAUCACCUUGAAAACCCAUCGGUAGAUGGAUGGGUCCUCUCCUACUUCUUUUGCCAGGCCACUGACAGGCGCGUCAACACUGCCACAUCCGUGCUACGCGGUCUCAUCUACAUGCUUCUCGACCAAAAUCAUGCCUUCCUCGAGACUUAUAUAAAGAAGACAGAUGAGACCGUAGGCCAAGCGCUCUUCGAGGAUGAGAAUGAGUGGGAGACACUCACUGAGAUUUUCAUCAACAUCGUUCAAGACACUAAAUUUCCGGCAGUCUGCCUCUUGGUUGACGCUUUGGACGAAUGCGUGGAAGGUCUCCCACAACUGCUGGAUUUCAUCGUCUACACCUCGAAGUUUACCAACGCCAAAUGGCUCGUCUCAAGCCGCAACUGCGUGGCAAUUAAAGAAAAGUUAUGCAACACAGCGCAGAGUUUUUCGUUAGAACUCAAUCCGGAGUUUCUCCAUACAGCCGUGGGAAGCUACAUUGAGCGCAAAGUGUCCGAACUUACGCGGCUGAAGGGCUAUGAAGAAAAUACUGCUCUCGAAGUACGUCGUUAUCUGUUGUCAAAAGCCGAUACCAAUUUGCUUUGGGUUACCUUGGUCUGCCACGAGCUCGCAGAUAGUAAGGUUUCAUCAAGGCAUAACAAUACGCUGGAUAUGCUGAAGUCACUUCCACAAGGCCUUGAUCCACUUUAUCAACGGUUGAUCGAACACAUUGCCCAUUCAGGAGAUGCAGAAGCUUGUUUCGAGAUUUUAGCUCUUGCCUCGACAGUAUAUCGACCUGUCAGUGUCGACGAAUUGAAAGGCUUGGCCCGGUCCCGGUCCAUCCAGAAUAUUGAUCAAGAUAAGAUCCUAGAAAUAAUCGUAUCAUGUGGUUCUUUCCUGACUCUUCAAGACGGCAUUGUUUCUUUCGUACAUCAAUCGGCCAAAGAUUUCCUACUUAGAAAGGAAUCUAGUGAGAUCCUACGUUCUGAUAUCCAACACCAGCAUAGUGAGAUCUUCAAAAUCUCAUUAGACCUUCUCGGUAAAACUCUGAGGCGCGACAUUCAUGUUUUGCGCAAGCCUGGCUGUCAUAUUGACAAAGUCAAGACUCCUUCUCCAGACCCGCUGUCAAGUAUCCGAUACUCUUCUGCUUACUGGGUAGAUCAUCUUCAAGGCGCAGGGUUACUUUCAGAAGCAGGUUUAAACGAGAAGCCAGUGCUUACCACUAUCCUAACAUUUCUGAAAACGAGUUACCUCCACUGGCUUGAGGCUCUCAGUUUAAUGCAAAAAGUCCCGCAAGGUAUCAGAGCAAUACAGAAACUUGAAAAGGCCUUGGUAAGAAUGCAAUUCUCAUCUCUAACCUGAUAAUGAUAACUGAUAUUUAUAGAGUAACAAUACUUCCGAGGAGCUGCGAAGUCUCGUUCAAGACGCUCGUCAUUUUCUUCUUUCACAAAAAGGCUCCAUCGAGAUUGCUCCGCUACAAAUGUACACAUCAGCGCUUAUGUUCAGCCCAACCAACAGCUUGAUCAGGAAGCUAUAUAAUGAAGACUUUCCUCCCUAUGUAGAAUCAGCACCAAAAACUGAUGCAGAUUGGAACGCCUGCCUCCAAACAUCCGAGGGCCAUUCUGACUGGGUCCGAUCCAUAUCCAUUUCAAGCGAUGGUCGGAGGCUGGCAUCCGGCUCUGGCGACAAGACAAUCAAGCUCUGGGAUACCGAGUCGGGCGCCUGCCUACAGACGCUUGCGGGCCAUUCGGACUGGAUCCGGGCCGUGGCAAUUUCGAGUAACGGCUCUAGGCUAGCGUCUGGCUCCUGUGAUAAGACUGCUAAGCUCUGGGACGCUAAAUCAGGCGCUUGCUUGCAUACAUUUGAGGGCCAUUCUUAUACGGUCACUGCUGUCGCUAUCUCGAGCAACGGCAACAAGCUGGCAUCCGGCUCCUACGAUAAAACGGUCAAAAUUUGGGACGCUGAGUCUGGAAUCUGCCUACAGACGCUCGAGGGACAUUCCUACCCAGUCACCUCUGUUGCCAUCUCGAAGGACGGCCAAAGGAUAGCAUCAGGCUCCUGUGAUAAGAUAGUCAAGCUCUGGGAUGUCGAGUCGGGUGCUUGCCUACAGACUCUCAACGUUAGCUGUGCUAUCUAUUCCCUUUCAUUCCACCCAAGCCAUGACGCUUGUCUCUUGUCAGAGAUUGGCGACAUUUCUUUGGAUCCAUCUUUGAAGGAAUCUUCGAAAUCGACCCAAGUUACCUCAUCAGGCGACUACAGCUAUAAGAAAUAUGGCAUUAGUCCUGAUCACGUCUGGAUUGUUCAAGAUGGCGAGAAUCUCAUCUGGAUACCGCCAAAGUAUCGCCCUUUGGUGUUCACAGUAACGGGAUCAACGAUUGCAGUAGGAUGUAGAUCGGGUCGUGUUUGGGUAAUACGGUUUUUGGAGAAUGGCUAUGGAUUCAUUUAG